UGUACGGAGCCCGGCAUACACCGAGCCAGCCUGCGUCCUCCCGCCACUAACCCUCUGCCCACAGCUACCUCACAAGCCCUGGGGAGUCCUGUAUGUCCGCGAAGGGCAGGAAAUGCAAGGAGCUGCCCUCUGGCAGGGUCAGUUUCCCGGACCUGGGGGAGCGCGGGGGGUGGCUGGCAAAGAAUGGAGGUCAGUGGGCGCCACUGCCACAGCCCCAGGGAGUGCUGGUCUUACCUGCGGAGAGCGGCUCCUUCAUUGCCGGGGGGUCCCACAGUGACUACCACCUCCACUCUCUAGCAGGUGAAGGGAGCCCAUCUAUGAGAAGAGUAACCAUGAUAAGAGAGAAGGGAAGGAGACAGGCUGUCCGUGGCCCCGCUUUUAUGUUUAACAACCGAGGACCAAACCUGACUGCAGAAGAGGAGCGCUUCUUGGAUGCUGCAGAGUAUGGGAACAUUCCUGUGGUAAGAAAGAUGCUAGAAGAGUCAAAGACUUUGAAUGUCAACUGUGUGGAUUACAUGGGACAAAAUGCCCUACAGUUGGCAGUAGGGAAUGAACAUUUAGAAGUGACUGAACUUUUGCUGAAAAAGGAGAAUUUGGCUCGAAUCGGAGACGCCUUGCUUCUUGCAAUUAGCAAGGGGUAUGUUAGGAUUGUUGAAGCCAUCUUAAAUCAUUCUGCUUUUGAAGCAAACAAAAGACUAACCCUUAGCCCAUGUGAGCAAGAGCUUCAGGAUGACGAUUUUUAUUCCUAUGAUGAAGAUGGCACUAGGUUCUCCCCAGAUAUCACACCUAUCAUUCUUGCUGCACACUGCCAAAAAUAUGAGGUUGUGCAUAUGCUGUUGAUAAAAGGAGCAAAGAUAGAAAGACCACAUGAUUACUUCUGCAAGUGUAAUGACUGUAUGGAAAAGCAAAAGCAUGAUUCUUUCAGCCACUCAAGAUCCAGGAUAAAUGCCUACAAGGGACUGGCCAGCCCUGCCUAUCUGUCUCUUUCCAGUGAGGAUCCUGUUCACACUGCAUUGGAGCUGAGCAACGAAUUAGCCAAACUUGCCAAUAUUGAAAAAGAAUUUAAGAAUGACUAUCGCAAAUUGUCUAUGCAAUGCAAAGACUUUGUGGUUGGAGUCCUUGAUUUGUGCAGGGAUUCUGAAGAGGUCGAGGCUAUCUUAAAUGGAGAUGUGGAUGCUGAACCAGCGGAACCUCAGAGACACAGACCAUCACUGAGCCGAGUUAAACUAGCCAUUAAGUAUGAAGUUAAGAAGUUUGUGGCACACCCCAAUUGCCAACAGCAGCUUUUAACAAUCUGGUAUGAAAACCUCUCAGGAUUACGAGAACAAGUUAUUGCCACCAAAUGUCUGGUUGUACUGGUCGUUGCCUUGGGCCUACCAUUUCUCGCUGUUGGUUACUGGAUUGCUCCAUGCAGCCGGCUAGGCAAGGUUCUCCGCAGUCCAUUCAUGAAGUUUGUGGCACAUGCUGCAUCAUUUAUCAUUUUCCUGUGCCUGCUUGUCUUCAAUGCAUCAGACAGAUUUGAAGGAAUUAAAACCCUACCAAACAUCACAGUCAUUGAAUACCCAAAGCAGAUUUUCAGAGUGAAAACCACAAGAUUCACAUGGACAGAAAUGCUCAUCAUGGUAUGGGUUUUAGGAAUGAUGUGGUCAGAGUGUAAGGAGCUGUGGCUGGAAGGACCCAGGGAAUAUGUCCUGCAGCUGUGGAAUGUCCUGGAUUUUGGAAUGCUCUCCAUCUUUAUUGCAGCUUUUACUGCAAGGCUGCUAGCUUUCAUGCAGGCCUCCAAAGCUCAACAGUAUGUGGACAAAAAUAUCCAAGAAAAUGAUCUAUCUUUGGUCACACUUCCUCCUGAAGUAGAGUAUUUCACUUACGCCAGAGAUAAAUGGUUGCCGUCUGAUCCACAGAUUAUAUCGGAAGGCCUAUAUGCAAUAGCUGUUGUUCUGAGCUUCUCAAGAAUAGCCUACAUCCUACCAGCCAAUGAAAGUUUUGGGCCUCUACAAAUAUCACUUGGGAGAACUGUGAAGGACAUCUUUAAGUUCAUGGUCCUCUUUAUUAUGGUGUUCCUGGCAUUCAUGAUUGGGAUGUUUAUCCUGUAUUCUUACUACCUUGGAGCUAAAGUGAACUCUGCUUUCACAACUGUUGAGGAGAGCUUUAAAACACUCUUCUGGUCCAUAUUCGGCUUGUCUGAAGUAACAUCUGUAGUUCUGAAAUACGACCAUAAGUUUAUAGAGAACAUCGGCUAUGUUCUUUAUGGUAUCUACAAUGUGACAAUGGUGGUGGUCCUUCUGAACAUGCUGAUUGCCAUGAUUAACAGCUCCUAUCAGGAAAUUGAGGACGACAGUGAUGUAGAAUGGAAAUUUGCCCGAUCGAAGUUAUGGCUAUCAUAUUUUGAUGAAGGAAAAACUCUUCCUCCUCCAUUCAGUAUUGUUCCAAGCCCUAAAUCCUUUGUCUAUCUUAUUAUGAGGAUUGUCAACUUGCUGAAGUGUAGAACAAGAAAACUGCAGAAAGACAUUGAAAUAGGAAUGGGUGAUUCCAAAUCCAGGUUAAACCUCUUCUCCCAGUCUAAUGCCAAAGUUUUUGAGUCACGGAGUUUCAACAGUAUUUUAAAUCAGCCAACUCGCUAUCAACAAAUAAUGAAAAGACUUAUAAAACGAUAUGUGGUGAGAGCCCAAGUGGACAAAGAAAAUGAUGAAGUGAAUGAAGGUGAACUGAAAGAAAUAAAGCAAGAUAUUUCAAGCCUUCGCUAUGAACUUUUAGAAGACAAAUCACAAGCUACUGAGGAAUUAGCGACCUUGAUACAUAAACUAAGUGAAAAGAUAAAUCCUAGUAUGUCUAGGUGUGAAUAAGUAAUGGAUCCCGAAGUACAAUGGCAAUAAACUAUAAAUCAUCCAAUACUUGAAGAAAAAAAUAAGUCUGAUAGAUUUAUAGCACACAAUUAAGUCCUUUAAAUGUACCUCCAUGUGACUACUGCUCUGCAAGUACCAGGAGACCUUGGUCAUGUCAUCAUGAUUCUAGUUGAUAGAGUUGAAAUCAUAUAAUCAGUUUAGCCUAAGCUUAAAGGGUUUUUCCUGUUUGCAUCAACAUCCUUUAAAAUAAUCAUUCAUGAAGGUAGCUGUAAUUUCGUAUAUUUCUUUUACCUUUAUUGCUCCUAUUUUCCAUUCACACGACCAUGUCCAUCCAGCUUUUUCAUAUUUCCUUUGGUGUUAUGUCCAUGCAUUGGAAAGUGAUAUGAGAGUGUCUAUGUAACUAGCUGGGUGGGAGGAGCUAUAAACUAGCUGAGUGUUGUUAGGGGGCGGUGCUGGAGCUGUGACAGAGGAGGGAGCAGUGCAUCAUGGGUUUGGUUGAAUACCACAAUAGGAAGUGCUACAUACAGGUCUGAAACAAACCAGAAUGACGUGUUUACAUGGUAAAACAGAUUAGGACAGUCCAAUUUGAAAAAAAAAAAAAAACAUGAGAGAGAUGUACAUGAGGUAAGGAACUACAUAAUCAUAUCUGUGAAAAACCAUAGUAAUCCCGGAAAACCCCUUUAAGCUAUACUUCUAUGACUGGGAAGUGUGGGCUUUCUAGGUGGGUCCACUUGUGGGUCAUUUGUGGCAAUAAACCUUUACUGUUCACACUAUAGAAGCACAAUACGGCUAUUUAAGAGUGUGAAAACCUGGACAAAAGGACCCACCUUUUGGGGUCCAGAUUAUAGGGUCCAAAUUACUGACUGAAUAAUCAAAGCAAAUUGUUAAUCCAUUAGUUGGUUGAUGUUCAUAAUGAUGACACAAUAUGUCCAUUGCUUUAGGACACUUUAACAAUGAAUUAUUUUUGUAAAGGAGACAAGUUAUACUUAAUACUGCUUGUAAAAUAACAUACAAUAACGUACAACUGACCAUGAGAAAAGUGCUGUAAAAAUAACAUAUGCCAUUUAUUUGGUAGAAUAUUGGAACAGUUUAGCCGUUGCCUUUAUAGUAUACUUACACAUACUGCAGGUUAGCAUGCAUCAUUUGACAGGUGCACUUCAAAAAGGGGCAUCUACGAUAUUGCAUGUGUGGGAACAAGGACUACCUACAACCAAAACCCCCUGGACCAGACAUGAGGAUGUGCACAUAGGCACAGUCUUCACUAAAGAAAUAAGCUUUGUGUUCAUCACCCCUAGGUAGAGUAAAUACCACUUAGUCAUAUAUUAAAGUCUUCUGCAACGUUAGGAUUUAAUUUGGUUCAUCAAUCAGUUCAGGCUUUGUGACAUAACUGUAAUGGACAUUAAUGCAAACAGCUUAGAAGUACAAGUCACAAAUACUGGGAGAUUAGACAAUUAAAUAAAAGGGCAAUAUUCUUACUGUGAAGACCCCAAAACUGUAGCUAUUUAUGAAUGGCUCCAUGCUGAAAAUAUGAGUCAU